GCGCGGGGUUCCCCAACUUUUCCCCGCAAACCCGACCGCCCCCAAAUCCCCAACCCCAAAACCUCCGCGCCCGCGAGUCUUCCGCCGCACACAGCCGCCGCCGCCGCCUCCUCCUCCCUCCCCCCGCCACUUCCUCGCAUCCGGUACGGUAGGCGGUGGCGCCGAGGCCCGCGCGGGGGCUAGAUUGGGCGGAGAAGGCAAGAACCGCCCGCCCAUUAGAACCCUAGCCCCCCGCCAUCCUAAACCGCGCCCGGAAUCCGGAAAUCUCCAGCCUUUCGGCCUCCCGGGGUUCCGGAGAUCCGGCCCUCGCUGCUGGGUCGGAGAUGUCGUCGGACAUCCGGAAAUGGUUCAUGAAGACGCAGGACAAGGGCGCGGCCUCCUCGGGAGCCGCGAAGCCCUCCGCGGCGGCUGCGGCGGAGAAGAAGAAGCCGGUGCUCAGCAUUCCGGAGAAGAAGCUGGCGCCGCCUUCGUUGGCGUCGUGCGACCAUGAUCCUUCCGCUAGAAAGAAGACAAGCAAGUACUUUGGUUCGAAAGCAGAAAAAGACUCGGAUGUUGAAAUGGCGGAUGCUGCCGCGGGCAAAAGUACUGAUAAGAAUGUGGCUAAAAGAAAACUUAAGAAAGGCAGCAAUGAACUCAAGGACGACGACAAGCCUUUGCAAGCAAAGAAAAUUUCUAACGAUGACGAAGAUGACGACGACGACGACUUUGUGGCACCUUCAAAAAAGAAAACUCCAGUGAAGCCACCGCCAUCAAAGAAGCCUAAGGUUGAAUCUAAUAUUGAAGCCCCUGGAAGGACUACAGGUACUGAUGAUGCUAAGGAGGACAAGAUGGAUGAAGAUGCCACGACCCCUUCAAAAGGAGCUGGAAGGGGGAGGGGAAGGGGAGGAAGAGGAGGAGGAGCAGCAGCCCCUGGUGGGAGAGGUAGAGGAGGGGGUGGUAGAGGUUUCAUGAAUUUUGGUGAGAGGAAGGAUCCUCCUCACAAAGGAGAAAAAGAGGUCCCAGAGGGCGCACCUGACUGUUUAUCUGGUCUGACAUUUGUCAUAAGUGGUACCCUUGACAGUCUUGAACGUGAGGAAGCAACUGAUCUAAUUAAGCGUUAUGGAGGCCGUGUGACUGGCUCUAUUAGUAAAAAGACGAGUUACUUAUUGGCUGAUGAAGAUAUUGGUGGAGUGAAAUCUAACAAAGCAAAAGACCUGGGUGUUCCAUUCUUGACCGAAGAUGGUUUGUUUGAUUUGAUACGGAAAUCAAAGCCUGCAAAGGCUCCUGUAGACAAACAUCAAAGCAACAACGGUUCUGAAAAGCUGCAGAAAUCACAGACAAAGAGCUCUCCAGCUAGAGUUGAUAAACGAGCUGAAGCAAGUGCUGUGGACAAAAGUAUUGCUUCAAAGACUAAUGUUACAAGUGCUUCUGCUGAGAACCAAAAGGCCAAGAAAAUUGACCGUGGUUCUAUGCAAUGGACAGAAAAAUAUCGGCCGAAGGUUCCGAAUGACAUAGUUGGCAACCAAUCAAUGGUCAAACAACUUCAUGAUUGGUUGAAAAGUUGGGACACACAUUUCCUUCAUUCUGGCCAAAAGGGUAAGGGGAAGAAGCCAGUUGAUAGUGGAGCCAAAAAGGCUGUGUUGUUGAGUGGACCUCCGGGUAUUGGUAAAACUACAACUGCAAAAGUUGUUAGUCAGAUGCUUGGAUUGCAGGCCAUUGAGGUAAAUGCAAGCGAUAGCCGUGGUAAAGCAGACUCCAAGAUCGAGAAAGGUGUUGGGGGGAGCACAUCAAAUUCUAUCAAAGAGCUUAUCAGCAAUGCGACUCUGAAUUAUGGUGACAAUCGGUCAAAACGCCCUAAAGCUGUACUAAUCAUGGAUGAAGUUGACGGUAUGUCAGCUGGAGAUAGAGGUGGUGUUGCUGAUCUUAUUGCUAGCAUCAAGAUAUCCAAGAUUCCUAUAAUCUGCAUCUGUAACGACCGUUAUAGCCAGAAAUUGAAGAGUCUUGUCAAUUACUGCCUGAUGCUCAACUUCAGAAAACCAACAAAACAACAGAUGGGUAAGAGAUUGAUGGAAAUUGCCAAAAAGGAAGGUAUUCAAGCUCAAGAGAAUGCCAUGGAAGAGCUUGCUGAAAGAGUUCAUGGGGAUAUUCGCAUGGCACUUAACCAUUUGCAGUAUAUGAGUCUCUCCCAAUCUGUGGUCAAAUAUGAUGAUAUACGAGUGCGACUUAAUAGCAGCGCAAAGGAUGAAGAUAUUUCUCCUUUUACUGCUGUUGACAAACUGUUUGGUUUCAAUGGUGGGAGAUUACGGAUGGAUGAGAGAAUUGAUUACGGCAUGAGUGAUCCUGAUUUAGUUCCCCUGAUUAUCCAGGAAAACUAUAUCAAUUAUCGGCCUAACACCAUUGGGAAGGAUGAAAGUGGAAUUAAAAGAAUGAAUGCUCUUGCCCGUGCUGCUGAGUCUAUAGCGGACGGUGAUCUUGUUAAUGUACAAAUAAGAAGAUAUCGACAGUGGCAGUUAUCACAAGCUGCUUGCUUUGCUUCAUCUAUAGUACCUGCUGCUUUGAUGCAUGGGAAUAGAGAAGUCCUUGAAGCAGGAGAGCGAAACUUCAAUAGGUUUGGUGGAUGGUUGGGCAAGUACUCGACAACUAACAAAAACAUAAGGCUACUGGAAGAUGUUCACAGCCAUAUUCUUGCGUCCCAGCAAGCAAACUUGGACAGGGAGACAUUGCGGUUGGAUUAUUUUACUCUUCUCUUGAGACAGCUGACUGACCCACUGAAAACAAUGGCAAAGGAUGAAGCUGUUCAAAAGGUGGUGGAGUUCAUGGAUACCUACUCUCUAAGCCAGGAAGACUUCGACACGAUUGUGGAAAUAUCCAAAUUUAAGGGUCAUGCAAAUCCUAUGGAUGGGAUUCAACCUGCUGUUAAAAGUGCCUUGACAAAGGCAUACAAACAAGGAAGCAGUUCUCGUGUAAUUCGAGCAGCGGAUCUAAUAAAUAUUCCUGGCAUGAAGAAGCCUUUAAAGAAACGAGUGGCAGCAAUCUUGGAGCCAGUAGGAGAGAGCCUGCCUGAUGAAAAUGGAGUAGCAUCAGCUGAAGCUGAUGAAGAGGAUUCUUCUGAUGCUGAAAAUAAUGAUGAACUCGUGCCUGGCGACUCAACGCCAAAACUGGACCUGAAGAGUGAUAAGAAGAAAGGAAUUCAAGUCCAGCUCGACCUCAAGAGCAACGGAAACAACUCCGGUGGGAAAAAGACACCUGCUGCCAGAUCAAGAGGGCCUGGGUCCGGUGGAAAGGCCGCGGGAGGCUCAGCUGGGAAGAGGAAGAGGUAACUGACACAUCUGUCGCCGGCAGUUAGCUGGCGACUAGUUUGGAUGGAUCCCCAUGGUAACAAGGAGCGGGGCGAGUUUCAGAGUUCUGACUGUACAUAUUCCCACCCGAGCCUUUUUGUAGGCACUAGGCAACUGCCCCGCCCCCUUGCUCCAGGGGCAUCCAUGUUUCCGAAAUUUGUAUGCACUUAGGCAUUUAGGCUACUUCCUGGCUGACAAGCGACAACCUGAUGGUGGCGUUUGGUGUGUCUGGUUUCUCUUUUGUGAAUGUUUACUGCAAAGACUACGAGCCAUUGGCUUUACCUCGAUGUAAUGCAGUUCUUUUGCCGCUGAUCAUGUGGCGUUGUUUGUGCCUUGCUGU